UGUUUUGCCUCUCUUUCUCUCUCAACCAGUGCUUUAAUGCUGCGUAAAGCUGAGGCAGAUUUGUUUCUCUUUCUCAGGACAAACUUCUAAAAGAAAAGGAUGAUGAGGAGAAUGAGUUUGUUCCCACGCCGGGGUGCUCCUCUGGGGAACCUUGAGCUGACCGACGACGAGAUCCAAGAGGAGGUUGAGAACGACACACGUGAGUUGGUGUCCGAGCUCGUCAAUCUUCCAGCCAGAGCCAGAAUACAGGCAAUACGAGCUCUGCCCAUGAGUUUCCACGAGCGGAGAUAUGUCAGGGGCAGAGUGAUGUCAGUCAAAGACUCAAAGAAGAACAACAUGCUCCCGACGUGUUGCACUGACUGCCAUCAGCAAACCUCACUGUUUUGGCGCAGGUUUGGUGCCAGCGUGGCCACGACUCGGAAGCGCUUGGUGAUAUGGCAGGGUGCUCUGAAGGAGAUCGGUGGGCGUUUCGGCACCUCUGUACUGUCGUACUUCUGCUUUCUCAAAUGGCUACUUAUGUUCAACAUGAUCUCGCUACUCAUCAAUUUCAGUUUCAUCGCCAUCCCACAGAUCAUCCACAGCCCCAACAUCACACACACAGUGAAUUUCAGAGGUCUGGAGCUGCUUACAGGAGCUGGCUACUUUAACCAGACAGUGUUUUUUUACGGUGGUUAUAAUGGUGAAGAUAUCGUAAAUCAGCCUCCUUACAACAUGCGGCUGGCUUAUUUCUUCACCAUAGCAGCUUACAUGGUGCUUUGUGGAGUGUUGCUUAUUUACAGCAUGGCCAGAUCCUUCCAAAAGAACUUUGUGUUGGUAUCAGGCCCUGGGUACGGCGGAGCGUGGCGUCUUUUGUGUAGCUGGGACUUCAGCGUGGUUAAUGAAAAGGCCAUUCAGAACCACAAGAACAACCUGAGCAUCCAGUUAAAGGAGACUUUAUCUGAGCGGCUUCAGAGAAAAACCACGGUGUCGACAUCCACCGUUCUGAAACGGCUUGCACUUUACUUAGCGGCCUGGAUGCUGUGCGUCUGCCUCGCCAUCGGCUCCUGUGCAGCCGUCUACUUCCUGCAGUCACACCAGAGUCAACUGGUAAACAUAUCCGGAUUUACCAAUAAUUUAAACGAGGAGGCGGCCACUCUGAUCCUGCCUGUUGUCGUGUCCCUCAUCAAUCUCAUCAUCCCGCUCACCUUCUCGCUCAUUAAUAAAAUGGAGCACUACACCAACCCCCGCACCAACAUCUACAUCGGUAUCAUGAGAAAUGUUCUGCUGAAUAUGUCCAUCCUAGGGAUCCUGUGUUACUACUGGCUUAACGAGGUUCCCUAUUCCACCCCAUGUUGGGAAUCGUUUGUGGGUCAGAGCGUGUAUCGUCUGGUGUUAGUCGAUUUCAUCUUCUGCCUUCUCGGCUCAUUCUUCGGAGAGUUCCUUCACAACAUAAUUGGAAAAAAAUGCUUCCGGAGCCUCGGAGUUCCCGAAUUUGAUAUCGCCACAAACGUACUCAAUCUGAUCUACGCUCAGACGCUAGCGUGGAUUGGGAUCUAUUUCUCCCCACUGCUUCCCAUCCUGCAAGUCAUUAAGCUGUUUAUCAUCUUCUAUGUGAAAAGGGUCAGCUUGAGUAUGAACUGCCAGCCACCGAAGCACAUCGGCAGAGCCGCUCAGAUGCAUACGGUUUAUAUAGCGCUUCUGUUUUUCCCCUCGUUCAUCGGAGCCCUCUCCCUGGUGGCCUACACCGUGUGGAGCCUGAAGCCCUCUGAGCAGUGUGGACCUUUUCAGGGUCUGGACAAACCCUUCCAGGCUGUUCAGCUGUGGAUGAACACAGUACACAACAUCCCAGGGUCUGAGUGGGCCUGGUGGAUAUUCGAACAUGUGCUGAGGAGCGAGUUGUUCUUCUACCUCGUCACUCUCAUUGUCCUAGUUCUGACUUACUUCCUGUGGCAAGUCACUCAAGGCAGGAGGCAGCUCAUCCAAACUCUACGUGAGCAGAUUGUCAACGAGGGAAAGGACAAAACCUUCCUACUGAACAGGUUACAAAGCAUCCAGAAACAGAGAAGAACCACUGCAGCCUUCAGUCCCCAGGAAUUCACAGAGAGAACAUACUUCAAUCAACACUGGGUAAACACCUUGCCCUUGGAAAUGUGAGGCAAUGUUUUUAAAGACUUUUGGCCUUGUGUUGGUGAGUAAUGACGAGAUUCCCACAAACUCUAUAGCGAGCCUGAACUCGGACCGUAUUUGGAAGUCCGCCGUUAGUGUUUUCUGAGUUCCAGCAUCAACACGCUGCCCGAACGCCUUAACGUUUACGCCACAAACAUCCUCAAUUCAACUCUACAGAGAAAAAUAAUAGGAGCUGUGGUACAGGGUGGAGACUCGUUAAGUGUAAUACACAAUUCUGUCCAGUAGGUGGCUGCAUUCUAUUAUACAGCUGAUCCACUUAAUCAUUUCACAUUAUGUAAAGCUGAAAAAAUAGAGUUUGGCUUCGAAAUAUUAAAACAUUUAUGUAGUAAUAAAUUUAAGCAAAACAACCAAGGAAUAAAAAAACAAUGAUACUGUCGUUUUUUUUUAUUGUGAAAAAUGCGUCAUUUUAUUCCAUACACAAAGAACUGUACAGUCAAUAAUUUAAAAAUGGUUCGGUUCAUCGUUCCAAGAACAUUUUUAUGAUUCUUUAAAUUACUCAGCAGCUUUUAGCUUACACCCAAGGAGGAAAAAAAAAUAGUGUUUACAACUGUGUGCUGACUGCAUUCACAUUGUUCGUCCCUUUUAGUUUAUUCAUCCAAACCUGCAGGACAUCAGGAACCUUUUCCACACACAGAUUAAACCUGGAGAUUAAUAUAAACCAAAAUGUUAUCAGUUAUGAAAUGAUUUUAUUCAUUUACAGGUUUAAUCUGUGUCUGGAAAAUGAACUUUGAUUUUAAAAACAUUUUAAAGAGGUUCAGGAAAGACAAAGAUUAAACUAGGUGCGUCACAAAACCAAAUAAAACAAAGACUCACGUUACAAAACCCAAGGACUUUUUCUAACUAUGUCACAGCCCUUCAGAAUGAACGUUACAGCUGAAAAGUGACUGUAGAUUGAUUUAAACUGUACUGAACAAUAACAGGGGAACAAUCACCUCUCUAAACAUACAUUCUCCCCAGAUUCUAUCACUUCUUAGCUAAAGCGGACGGAUCACGUGAAGGCCUCCUGCUUCACUUUGUUUCUCUCCGCACGUAAACUGUAAAGCCUUAUUCUUAUUUAUGACGUGGCACAUUUAUCGAUUGCGGAGGUUUUGAGCAAAAUCCCUGAGAUAGCUAUAGAGAGAGAACCUGAAGACUCUAUGCAGUGUUUUCAAGGGUGACUUGAAGAUCUGCAGAUUUGCAAAAUAGGGAAUUCAUUAUUCAUCAGGAUUAAAAAGAAAUCGCUGCCCCUUUCACCAGAUUCAUAAAUAAUUCAUCCAAAUAAUUAGGAGUGCAGUCAUCAUGGAGGUCCUUUUCUGAUUGCUUUUUUUUUAUAUAUUAUAUUGAUGUACAGCUUGGCCUUAAUAUUUAUAAGUUCUUCGCUCUGAGGUUUUUUUUUUAUUCAAUUGUUGAAUCGCCAUAUUUAUAUUCUUCAGAAAAGUGAUUGAAAACCAUGCAUUGUGAAGAAGACUGACAUUUUCAGAGUAACACGGCUACAAAAACGCCAACUGUUUUAACUGAAAGACAUUAAGAUAAAUUGCCAAAUUGAUUCAGUUCAUUUAAGGAAAUACUCCAGCAUUUUUCCCCCCACACCUGUAGUGUGUGACUUAAAGACGAGAAUCAACAUGAUUCCCUUCUCUGAGGGGGGAAACUAAUCCCCAGUAAACCUGUUUUAUUUAUCUAGGUGUCUAUUUGUAAGUGUAAGUUCAGAACUACUCAAAGACUUCUACUGUAAUUGUUAUUUAAUUCAGGGAACCGUGUUGAAACUUGUGUCAAUCACACAAACACUACAGUCAGAUACAUUGUGGAGGUUUAACUCAAAUGCACUGAAUUAUUAAUUUAAACUAAACCAAAAAUUUGAGCUACGCAAGAUGAGACAGUAAAUGGUUUGGCACAAAGGGCUGAUUAGGGGCAGGGUUGUUUUUUUAAGGAGGAAGGUGGAAUGGAGUCAGACGGUCCCCCGAGGAGACGCUCAACAUCAUGUGUGGUGUUUCUGUAAAUGACUGAGGGUAGGAGAAGUAAAUCAAAUGAAAUGCAGUCACACACUGUGUGUUCUUCAUAGUGCAUGCGAGCGAACCGCCACCUCACAGUGCAAUUCACAGGUAUGCUAGCACUUCUAAACCGUGGUGUAGCGUAGCAUGCGUGGCACGGCCGAGUUCAUUCCCCAGAAGUGGCGAAAUCUCUGGUGAGUUUGUCCGAACUCUUUUCAGGAACUGAAAAACAUGCUGUUAACAAACUAAAGCUUAACAGUCUGACUGAAGACCCUUAACCAUCUCAAGGUCUUUGGGCAGUUUCUCCACCAGACGGAUGCAGGACGUGUUCAGAAAGCUCUGUGUGUAGGUGUACAUGUUGUAGUAAGUAUUAUGACUGCAGCAGAUGUGAUCUGUAUCCUCCCGAGAGUUCUGAGGGAGCAUUUAGGGGCAGGGGUUGGAUCCUUCCACCCACUUUUCCAGGCUAGGAGAUUUUGCAGUUGUUGCGGGUGCAGUUCUGAGGUGGGCUCUGUGGCGGCCGGAUGGAUUUGGAGCGUUUCAAGCUGUUGCCUUUGCUGCCGCCGCUGUUUGCCAGCGAGUAGGAGCGUCCGUGCAUCAUGACGGCGUUCAUCCCGUUGGCCAUGGAGAAGGAUUUCAAGUGACUCUUAAUGGCGACGGGGAGCGGAAGCUUGUCUAUCAGGUGCACUGGUGUGCACGAGACGAUGGCGCGACAGCACAGGUCCUGCAAGCUGAACACUGGAAAGAUGCAGUGAUGAAGAUUCAACACAAGACUAAAGAUAACUCAAGAUGGCGGCGCGUGCACAACGCGAGGCCCAGCGUCUCUCCAGAUUUUGCGAUUUAGUAGCAAUUUCUCCAUCAACAGCAAGUUUAUUCACUCAGAACAGUAUAAGAGGAAUGAAACAUUUGUGGCCACGCAGUUACAGGAGACGGCUCAGCCUCUGGGUGGCGCCGGGAACUCGAACACAUACAUCUAAUAAAGUGCGUACGGCGAACCUCAGAAGAACAACAUAUCAACUCACCUCGGUUGGGCCUCCAGAACUUCUCCAUGCCGUGUCUCAUGAGCACGAUGCGCGACAGCUCCGUGAACGACUCGAUGACGUUGAAGUUGCAGAGUGGACUUACUUCGAAGAAGGUCAUGGCGUUUUUCUCAGCAUAGGAGCGAGCCUGCUCCGUGGGAACCUGACGCUUGAAUGCCAAGUGAAGUCGGUUCCCCACCAGGAUCCGAGGAACCCCGGGAGCAUGCUGCAGAUACAAAAGAACCGCAUGAUCACUAUCAUUACUGUUAUUAAAUCUCUUACACUCAAAUACUCACACCAACACAAUACUGCUCCAGGAAAGGGUGAAAGUGUAUCUGUUUUAACAGCAGCGACAACACACACUUCAAUACUUUCACAUAAAUAAAAUUCUGCUUGACGUUU